AAUUUCUAGUGUCUAACAAACACGAGAGACUAAUUAAAAUAUCUUAUAAAUAUCCUGAUUGUUACAUUAAAACCAAGCAUUUGUAAAUAAUAUAUAUACAUCUGAGAGGAUGAUUUUGCUAUCAUCGGCUCUUUCCGGCAACUUGGUGAUUGGCUUUCAUGUUUAAACCAUCCCAAAAAAAGACCAAUAAAAACGUUUCUCUUUCUUUUAUACAUACAUCGUAGAAUGUAAUAGGAAACUAUGAGAAAUAGGUAAACAAGAUCAAAACAAUCCGGUAUUUAUUAAAACUAAAAAAGAACAAAAUCGUAAAAUAAAGACCAUGCUUGAUUGUGAUAAUAGAUUCUUUCAAUAAUAACAAUCAAUAAUUGAAGUUAGACAUUGUUAUUUAAAGAGAAAUAAUUAUUUUUUAAUUUACAACCAUGUGGAGCACUCGAUCUCUUCUACAUCUAAAACAGUGUUUAAGAUUGACUAGGACAUUUUUAACUGAAUCUUACAGCUGUACAGAAGCAUGGAAUCAACGUUUACAAUCUCCUAUCUUGAGUAAAAUAAAACCACGUGAUUUUUUCAUUGAAAUUGACUCAAGAUUACAGACAACAGGAAAACUUGGAGCAAUUGAUGUUGAUAUCUAUGCGAAUACAGUCAAUCAUAUUGAUUCGGUGGAUGAAACAAUUAAUGUUCUUCAUCGUUUUCGAAUGACUGCUAAUACUUCAGAUACUUUUGACUCUACUCAUCACGCAAUCAUACGAUAUUUACUAGAUUGCAAUGAUACAGAAACUCUUUUACAUAUUCUAGAUGAUCGUUUAAACUAUGGUAUUUUUCCAGAUCACUUGUGCUAUAAUCUUAUGAUGGAUAAGUUUAUUAAAGCUCAAGAUUAUGUAUCAGCAGCUAAAGUAGCAACAUUUUUGAUGCUUCAAGAAGAUAAUGAUCAUCCAAUUUGUAAUGCUUUGGCUGUUUAUAGUUGUUAUAAAUUUUUAGAAAAUCCUGAUGCUUGGGUACUACCUCCACCAGAACCUGAAAUUCCUGAUGAUGAAAAGACUAAAAUUCGAGUGUUUUAUUUAAGAAACCCUUUCUUUGAUGAUCAUUUUGAUCUCAGAGAGCCUAAACAUUUAGUUGGAAAAACUCUAGUAUUUUUUGGCAAAUAUUACAAAGAUACUCCUCUAGGUCGUACUUGUAUGCUUCGUGGUUUUAUUUUACAUGAAAAAUACGAUGAAGCUGUAAAAUUAAUUGAUCAUUGGAUUCAAAAUUCUACCAAGGAAGUUAUUUUCAAAGAUACUUUACCGUUGAUUAAUAAAGAAUUAGAUGCAAUUCCUGAAGAAAAAAUCAACGAUAAUGUUAAAGUUCUCCAAGAAAAAAUAAAAGAGCUGGAAAAAUGUAGUUUAAAAGAUGGAAGUAUUAUGGAAGAAAUAGAGAUGAAAAUCAAAGAAGCAGUAGAAACUCGUACAGCAAAAGAUAUUGAACAUCAGCUGUCUAUUUACAAACAAUGGGAUGAGAAACGAAUGGCAGUAUUAACUGCUCAAUUGAAAGAACUAGAUAAAGAGAAAAGGCUCGCACAAAUAAAAGAAAUAAAAGAAGAUUUAGCAAAACGUGAAAGACUUCUAACAUUCUAUGAAAAUGAGGAAAAACUGGAACUUCAAAUUGAGAAGAAAUUGAAGUGGGAAGAGGAAGUUUAUGGUCCCCCAGUUGAACAAGCAACGAUAUUAGAUGAGGAUUAUAUUCCUCCUGAUGUUACAUCAAAGCCUGCGAUACAAAAUAAAUAAUUGAAUAUAAUUAAGUCAUUUACUUUUAAAUGAAUAAAUUAUUAUCCGUUGUUUUUUAAAAAA